AUGGAGAAAGGGGGAAUCUAUGUCCCACUUCUGGCUAAAGGAGGAGGAAACCAAACAUUUAUCACAGAAUUCAUCCUCCUAGGAUUCGGCAAUUCCUUGGAGCUGCAGGUGCUUCUCUUCGUACCAUUUCUAGUGAUCUACCUGGUGACCAUGGCUGGGAACAUCCUCAUCGCUGUGUUAGUGGUGGUUGAUCGGCACCUUCACACCCCCAUGUACUUCUUCCUGGGGAACCUGUCCUGCUUGGAGACCUGCUACAGCUCCGCCCUCCUGCCCCGGCUGCUGGCCAGUCUCCUGACCGGGAACAGGACCAUCUCUGUUCUAGACUGCAUUGCGCAAUAUUAUUUCUUCGGCUGCCUUACCGCGUCAGAAUGCUACCUCCUAGCAGUGAUGUCCUACGACCGGUAUUUAGCGAUCUGCAAGCCCCUUCACUACGCCGCUCUUAUGAGUGGCAGACUCUGCCUCCUGCUAGCAGCGGUGUCCUGGAUGGGUGGCUUUAUGGCCACAACCGUAGUAACCUGUUUAAUAUCCCUGUUGCAUUUCUGUGGCCCCAAUAAAAUCAACCAUUUCCUGUGUGAUUUCACCCCCAUGAUCAAACUCUCCUGCAGUGACACCCGCCUGGUCACACUGGUAACCUUUAUCCUCUCUUCCAUGUUCACCCUGCCCCCAUUUCUCUUAACCUUGGCAUCCUACAUCUGCAUCAUCUCCACCAUCCUGAGGAUCUCGUCUACCAGUGGGCGGCAAAAGGCCUUUUCCACCUGCUCUUCCCACCUCAUCGUGGUGACCAUCUACUAUGGGACCCUGAUCGUCGUCUACGUGCUCCCAGACACCGACUCCUUGAGAGACCUCAACAAAGUGUUCUCCCUCUUCUACACGGUCCUGACACCCCUGGCCAACCCGCUCAUCUACAGCCUGAGGAACAAAGACGUGAAGGAGGCUGUGGGAAGAGUUAUCGAUAAAUGGAAGAGGCUCACAGAAAUCUGGAGUGAUUGA